AUGGCUGGUGCUACAUGGAAGGGUGAAGUGGUAAGGGCUCAGCAAGACAGCAGUCUACCCAUUGCCAGCAGAUGCAACCGCAUUCUGGAGAUCCUGAAGCAGAAUGGCCUAUGCUACAGACAAUGCAUUGAGCCAAAGAUGAUUCUGGUGCAUGUGAAGAACAGAGGUGGGCAACUAGUGUCUGUGUCUGAUGUGCACAGCAAAGGUGCUGUGAUGGCUCAGAUUGGUUUCUCCAUGGCCAAAAUUGGAGAAUCAAUUUGUUUUGAAUUGCCAUCUGCUAUGGCAAACAAAGACCAAGUGAUAGAGACCAACAGGUCUUUGGCCCAGCUGUCCCAGAACCAGCUGUGUGAGCCACUUGGUUGUGAAAGGUUUGCCUCAGUGUCCAGCAGCCACUUGGUGACUUUCCUGAGGGCAGUGCAGGCUGGCUGCAAGACUACAGAGCCUGAGAUCAGCACUGGUGGCUACCUGUCACUGGACUCAAUGUGCCAGAAGAAGGAUGACUUGAAGGAGAUGGUCAUUACUGGAUGGGAAUGGCAGGUGAUUGACAGCCAGGUUGACCACCUCAAGAAGGCCCAGGAAGCAGCUAUGGCUUCUAGACCAGCCUGUGCCAAUUACAUUGCUGCCAUCACUGCCUUUGUGAAGCAGUUCACUGGUGGUGAUGCGUUUCCUUUUGCUGGAGAAUUUACUGAAUUGCUGGCCUACACUGACUUCAAGUGCCCAACUACCACCUACCCUUGGAUUCGGUUGGCAAUGGCAGCCUGCCACAUGUGUGCUCCCAAGCAAUACAUUAGAGAUGGCAUCUCCAGGCUGCUGACCUCUGCAGAUUUUUCCAAGCUGAAGCAGAAAGGAAUGGCUGUGCAAUUGGCAGCUGCUGAGAAGCUUCUGAAUGAAGCUUGGGCUUUGUGUGGUCAAAGUUCACUUACCUUGGACCAGCAAGCUCAGCCCAUGGGCGGAUACUUGACCAGGUUGGCUUUGUUCCUGGUUGGCAAAGGUUCUAAAGGCCCUGAAGGAAAGAAUUACAAGCAGUUUGAAGACAUCACAGAUCUCUUCACUCAAGAGCUGAUGAACAUGAAGGCACAUGGCUCCAUGGCAAGGAAUGGUCAGCUCAUGGUGCUUCACAGUCGCUCUGGUCAAGGUGGCUUUCUCACAGGUAGCAUCAUCUUUGUCCUUGUCAUCUUUGGCCUCUUUGCACCAAUAGAAUGCACAACAGAACUUUUGUUGAUCUUUUCCUUUUUCUGUAAAACCACCUGGCCAAGUGGAAGCAACACCAAAUCGUUUUUGUUGAACUUGGAGUUGGCAAAGAGCUGGGAAGUAGUGGACACCAAAGUGGUCCUCUCCUACAAAGGUGUUAAUAAGGCUGUGGUGCCAGACAACCUGGUGUCUGUUGGUCCUGAUGGAAGGAAGUUUCUGAAGAUACAGGGCAGCCACCCCCUGGUGUGCAGAUUGGUGGCAGCAGACAACCUGGAAGCUUUGAAGACCUGCAAGAACCCUAGCCUUUGCCAGGGAGAUGCGUUUGAUUCUUUGAGGAAGAAGCAAGAAGAGGCUUUGCACAAAGCCUUGUCUGAGGCAAAGGAGGAGGAAGAGAAGGAGAAGGACUUGUUCAAGGUUGAGAAGCAUCCCAAAAAGAAGCUCAAGCUUUCCAGUGGCCCUGACUUUUUGACCUUGAACUUAGAUGGCAAUGACAUUGAGGUCCUCAAGCCCAGCACUUGGAAGGACAAAGAUGUUUCUGUUCUGCUGGACUCCAGCAUGCUGGCUGUCACUUUUGAUUUCUUGUCCACAGAUGUGGACACCUGCUUCAAAGAUGGCAACAAGAGAAGUUACAGAAAGAAAGGUGGCACUACUGGUGUGACAAUGGGCACCACAGAGGAUGAGUUUGACUAUGCCUCUUGCGCCAAUGAGUUGACAGAAGCUCAUGAGGCUCAAGAGGCUGAGAAUGAGUGGUACCAGAAGAAGCUGGAGGAAGCACCAGAUGAUGUGCCAACUUUGGCUGCUCCAGUGGUACCUGUGGUUGAAGGUGUGCCCACUGGGCCUGUGACGACUGUGGGUGGACAGCAGUAUGAGGAGGUGCACUUGGAGAAGGCUGACUUUAAGGUGCUAGAGUCCAAGCCUAAAGCCAAACUACCACAACCAUCUGCUGGACUUAAGGGUGCUAUGAGGCCUCCUGAGCCUAAAAAUCCUCCCUCCAAGAGGCAGAAGGUGGAGAUUGACACGAAGCAGCUCUUCUUGAGGCAUGGAGCGGUGAAGCCCAAGGUGGAGGAGGAGGAAGAGGAUGUGCUGAGCAUCAGAAGGGUGGAGAUGGGCAUCCUAAACAUGGUGGUUCUCUGGCUGCUGCAGUGGCUGCCAGUGCUGCACCAGCUCCUGCAGAUGUUGGACCUGCACAUGCACCAGCUCCAUGGCAUGGAGUACCUGCUCCAGCUGGACAUGCUGGAUAUGGAGUCCCUCAAGGACAUGCUGGACAAGGAGUACCUGCAAACCUGA